GUAAAAGAAAGAUUACAAAUGGCUGCCAUGGGUUCAUCCUGCUUACGUCAGGUGAAUGAUGCUUAAUGCUAUGCCAUGUGGUAUAUAUUUUCCUCUGUACUCGUGUGAGUGUUCUUUACUCAGUGUUUUCGGUGAUAUACCAUUGCAUUUUCUCUACGGUUCAUAUUUUUUAAGAAUUUCUUCGGUAACUUAAAUAUGUGGAGUGAAUUCAAAGUAAUUUUGGCGUUACGCCCGGAUCUUCGUUUCAAUUUCAGUUUUCUUUCGAUUUCUGAAACUGCAGUUUCCGAAAAUGUUGAAUUCAAUUGACAUGGAUUAAAAGUCGACUACGUUGGUUCUAUGAAUACUGCUCCAUAUAAGUUUGAUGACUGUUGGUACCAGAGUAUUAUAUUGUUGGUGCACCUGCUAGGAGGACAUGAUUGCUUCAGUUUGGAUUCAUCGUGUUGGGGUUCCACGUCUAUUCGUACGACAUGAGUGAGGUUGGUCGUGAAUAUUUAAACGGCCUAUGUUAGUGAGAAAUCAAAGAGAGUUAACUGUGACUGUGUUUUCACUGAGUUUUACAACCAUUUACCGUUUUGGGUUGUAGGCAGCUGUGGGUUGACCAAGUCCUCAUCUUCAAAGUAGUAUCUCAUCUUCGUUUCCAGGCAACGUGAUUCUUGUUGAAGCGUUUAUAUGGAAGUGAUGUCCUUUGGAAAUUUGUAUUUUCUUUUCCUGUAGUAGGGAUAUUUGCAUUUUCUUUGCCCAUUAAUCUUGAAGUUAAACGGGAUAUUGUAGCAAGUGUAAUCUACCAUGGCACCUCGAAAGAAGAGGAAAUCGGUCGGGCAGAGUUCAUCUGUUGAACGUGCGACUUCCGGUGUUCAGAAACAAAACAAAAAGAAAAAUGAUGAGAAACCUAAACGUUCCAAGAAUGACAGUAUCAUAGAAAUUACUAUGAAUGAAACAUUUGUUCCUUUAUCAAGUGACGAGGAAAAUAUUUCUGAGAAAAAUAAGGAAAUGAAGCCACCCGAAGAUGUGGACGUAAUUGGUGAUGGAAACAUUUUGGGUGCAGAUUUUAUUCCUUUUUCUGCCAAACCCCUGCAGAAUUAUGUACCAAAAAUUAAUGAUGAAGUUGUAGCCAAUCAAACUAUUGAAAUCUGUGAAGUACCUGAAACUAUCGUCGUUGAUGAUGAUAAUGAUAAAGAAAGUAUCUGUGUUGAUGAUAGUAUUGCUAGUUCUGAUGGUGAAUGUGAUUCUGUUAAUGACAGUAUUCAAAUUGUGGCCGAAACACCAAAAUCUUCUUGUGGAAUACUUUUAGAUGAAGUUGGUCAAAGUUCAAUGAAAACAAAAGUUUCCCUUUCAAUUCCCAAGAAAAGAAAAAUUGAUGACAGUAUUGAAAUUCUGGAAACAAUAAAUUCAGUUGGUGACCGUCCUGGAAAAAAGGUGAAGAUUCACAAGAGUCAAGAAAAUUCGUCUGCUUCAUUAUCUAUUAUUUCCAAUAGUGAUGAUGAGGCACCUAGAUGUCUUGACGAAGACGAUGAGAUUGUGAUUGUGGAAACAAUUGACAAUAAUAGUAGGGAUAGUGUAAAAGUUAUGAAUGACUUCAUACCAUUUAAAAUGUCAUCAGCUCUAGAUCGAGAGAAAACUAGAAGAAAAAAGAAUUUUGUUAAGAGAUCUCGUAAUCGUUGGAAUUUGGAACAGGAUUAUCGAAGUACUGGUGCUCCACAUUCCGUAGUGAUUCAAGACACUGUUGGUAUUGUUCCUAGUAGUGCUCAUUACAAAUCCCCUCUUUCAAAUAAUGCAAAUCAAGAAACAGAUACAAUUGAUACUUAUCAUAAUGUGUAUGGUAAUAAUGUAUAUAACCCUAAUAGUGUACAGAAAACUGGUUUACGACCUGUUAUAAUAGAUGGCAGUAAUGUGGCUUUUGGUCAUGGUGGAAAAAGUUUCUCAACUCGUGGCAUAGAAAUUUGUGUGAACUAUUUUGUUAAACGUGGUCAUUGGGUUGUGGCAUUUGUGCCUCUCUUCCGGAGAAGUGAAGUCUCGGAUGCUGACCGCAAAAUAUUAGACGAGUUGAAAAAAAACAAUCAGCUUGCUUUUACCCCCAGUCGUUUUCUCCAUGGUCGUCGUGUUGCAUCAUAUGAUGACAGGUUUAUUGUUCAGUGUGCGGCAGAACUAGGUGGAAUUGUAGUGUCCACUGACAAUUAUCGGGAUCUUGUUUGUGAAAAUGAGGCAUGGAGGGAGACAAUUGAGAAAAGACUUCUCAUGUUUACUUGGGUUGGUGACCUUCUGAUGUUCCCUGAUGAUCCAAAUGGCAGGGGUGGACCUAGACUAGAGGAAUUUCUCAGGUUUCCCCGAUGAUUCACUGGCUAAAAUUCUAAUGAGAGUGUCAAGUCCAAAGUAUACUGAAUUGUAAAAUCUGUUUUCAAGAAAAAUCUUUUUUAUGAGUAUAGCUUUUGUAUAUAAAUGUAUUUUUGUGAAGUGUUGAUAAAUACAUAAGUAUAUUUACAAGAAUGAAGGUUAGUUAACAAAUGUACAAAAUUGUUUUUAUUUAUUUUGUACUUCUUGUUCUGUUUUAAAUUACACAUUCUGUUGUUUCAUUGUGGCUAUGUUGAUAUUAAAUAAUGUUGCAUAUCAAGUGUUACAAGAUACUGUUUGUAGAAGGGGAUUCAUUUUCCUUACAAAUUUGGACAGUUAUUAUAUGCAAGACAUGUUAUUUGUAAAUAGUUUGUGUAUUUUAUGAAAAAGUAUUUGAAAAAUAUUUCUUUUUCUGCAUUUUGUUGUGACUGCAUAAAUUCUUGCAGUGUCAAAAGUACAAAUAGUACUUGUUCAUUUAACUCCAAAAUUCCAGUAGUGUAGAUAAUAAAAUUUAUUUUUAGUCUUUGAGGUACUAGCUCAAAGCUUCUAAUUUUUACACCAAACAACAAAAUUGCUGUAUUAUAUUUCAGUAUAUAAUUUUGGUUUUAUAAUUGUAAUUGAAUUUUCCAUUGUAUCAUGUGCAUAAAUGCAUCAAGUUUUCUCAUAUUAUGGUAAAAUUGUUCAAAAUGCAUGUUCUUUUGUCUUUGAUGACAUUAAAUGUUCAUCAUUUUUCUGG